UUCAGUGAGGCCGAGUGGGGCUGGUGGAGGGCGGCGGGAAGGAGAGGCCCGCAGCAGCAUGAGCGAUGUGGUCCAGGCCCCUAACGCCCAAGUGAAAGGGAAAGCGGAUCCAUCGCCUCUGUCUGCAAGAACAGCGAAGGAAGCGCCGCCCACGCCAGCAGGUCCCUCCCCGCUGAAAGCUGCGGCGGCCGCCACGCCUGUGCCAUCGCCGGUGCCAAUCGCGACGCCGGUGGAAGCGAGUGAGGCCAGUGCGUCAUCGGACGCGAAGGAAAACUCGGAAGUGGGGACAUCGGCGAGCAAGGCCAGCAACACGCGGAAGCGCGCCAGACAGCCCGGUGAAAAAUGUCGGGAUGAGAGGCAGGCGAAAAUUCGCAACCUGGCUGGUGUGGAGGUUUGCUCGCGCUCCAACCAGCGCCAUCCAGCGUCGGACUGCGAUCAGAGCUCUCUGGAGGGGGCUCCAUGUGAUGAUGAAGCAGGGCAACCCCUUCGUCCCACCCCAGCUGCGACAUCAAGGAGGCAAUCUGCUGGUCCAGCUCUGUCAGGUACACCUGAGAUCCAGAUAUUCAGUUCAGGAGUACUGGGGCAAGGGGAGAUCUACAGACGGACCGCAUGGUGGCAGAAGCGUGUCUGGCUAAUUCGCCAUGCUGAAAGCAUGGCAAAUGCCGAUGAGGACAGGUGUGGGCAGGACAUUUGUGACCCGCUAUUGACAGAACACGGACAUCAACAGGCACUCUCCCUGCGGAAGAACCUGACAGAAACACUAAGGAAUGUUGAUCCCAGCGAUGUCCUUUGGGUGAUAUCGCCGCUUCGAAGGGCAGUCGAAACAUUCAUGAGGGCAUGCCCGUGGCAGACUGCGCUUGAAGACAAUUCAUUGCAUGUGGUAGUGAAGAGUUUGGUGAGAGAGAAGAGGUGCGGCAACAAUGGCGUGGGGAGCUCUGAGGCUGAGCUUCGCAGCGACUACCCAGCUCUGAGUUCCGCUCUUCAGGACUUGGGUGAAUGCUGGUGGGGGACCACUCUGCAGGAGCCAAAGGAAGAAUUUGAGGAACGUGUGAGAACAUUCCGGUUGUGGCUGCGAAAGCAGACACUGCCUGUUGUUGUUGUUGUCAGCCAUUGCGGCUUCAUACGCCAGCUUACUGGCUUUGAGGCCAAUCUCAAGAAUGCUGAGAGCGUGGAAGUUUACAUUUAG